AUGGUUCUUCAAGAUCUCGGCCGUCGCAUCAAUGCGGCGGUCAAUAAUUUGACGCGCGAGCAGAAUCUCGACGAAAAGGCCUUUGAUGCCAUGCUCAAGGAGAUUUGCGCCGCCCUCCUCGAAGCAGAUGUCAACGUGCGACUCGUUGGACAGCUCCGGAAAUCGAUUCGAGCAACCGUAAACUUCAAAGAACUUCCUCCCGCCGUCAACAAGAAGCGCCUCAUCCAGAAAGCCGUCUUUGAUGAACUCGUCAAACUCGUCGAUCCCCACGCCGACUCGUUCCGACCGAAGAAGGGCAAGAGCAGUGUCAUCAUGUUUGUUGGUCUGCAGGGUGCCGGUAAAACCACGACGUGUACAAAGCUGGCGAGGCAUUACCAGUCUAGAGGCUUCAAGUCUUGCCUGGUGUGCGCUGAUACCUUCCGAGCCGGUGCCUUUGAUCAGCUGAAGCAGAACGCUACCAAGGCCAAGAUCCCAUACUAUGGUUCUCUCACGGAGACGGAUCCUGCUGUUGUUGCGCGGGCUGGUGUGGAGCAGUUUAAGAAGGACAGAUUCGAGGUUAUUAUCGUUGAUACCUCGGGUCGCCACCGUCAAGAGUCUGCCCUGUUCCAGGAGAUGAUUGACAUUCAGAAUGCCAUCCAACCAGACGAGACCAUCAUGGUUCUUGAUGCUUCUAUCGGUCAGCAGGCCGAGUCGCAAGCCAAGGCGUUCAAGGAGGCUGCUGAUUUCGGAGCCAUCAUCAUCACAAAGACGGAUGGUCACGCACACGGUGGUGGUGCCAUCUCUGCGGUCGCAGCGACACACACUCCAAUUGUCUUCAUUGGUACUGGUGAGCACAUGCUGGAUCUCGAGCGAUUUGCUCCUCAGCAGUUUGUGCAGAAGCUGCUAGGCAUGGGCGACAUGGCUGGUCUGAUGGAACACGUCCAGAGCCUGAACCUCAACCAAAAAGACACCAUCAAGCACAUCCAAGAGGGUAUCUUUACGGUACGCGAUCUCCGAGACCAGCUAUCCAACAUUAUGAAGAUGGGACCUCUAUCCAAGAUGGCUGGCAUGAUUCCUGGCAUGAGCAACAUGAUGCAGGGCAUGGACGAUGAAGAGGGAGGCGCCAAGCUCAAGCGCAUGAUCUACAUUUGUGACUCGAUGACAGACAAGGAGCUCGACUCUGACGGCAAGAUUCUCAUCGACCAACCGACUCGAAUGACACGAAUUGCGCGAGGUUCAGGAACAUCAGUACGCGAGGUUGAGGAUCUCCUCACUCAACAGCGCAUGAUGGCUGGCAUGGCUAAGAAGAUGGGUGGAAACAUGAAGAACAUGCAGAGGGCACAGCAGGCAAUGGGAGGCGGUAACAAGGCACAACAGCUAGCCGCGAUGCAGAAGCGACUGCAGAGCAUGGGCGGCGCUGGAGGUGCCGGAGGUAUGCCCGACAUGGGUAGUUUGAUGAGGAUGCUGGGAGGCGGAGCAGGUGGAGGCAUGCCUGGAGGCAUGGACAUGCAAGCUAUGAUGCGACAGAUGGGUAUGGGCGGCGGUAUGCCUGGUAUGCCUGGAGGAGGAGGCCGUGGUAGGCGAUGA